CAAAUACAACGUGCACGUCGUUUUGAUGAAGCUCGAGCAAGAUUUUAUGCUGCUGAAGUGAUUUUAGCCUUGAUGUUUCUACAUAAUCAUUUCAUUGUUUAUCGUGAUUUAAAAUUAGACAAUAUCUUGCUAGAUGCUGAAGGACAUUGUAAAUUAGCUGAUUUCGGUAUGUGUAAAGAAGGCAUGAAACCGGGUCGUUUAACAUCGACAUUUUGUGGUACGCCGGAUUAUAUUGCACCAGAGAUUCUAGCUGAAUUGGACUAUGGAUUUAGUGUAGAUUGGUGGGCAUUAGGUGUAUUAAUGUAUGAAAUGAUGGCUGGUGCUCCACCAUUUGAAGGUGACACGGAACAAGAUUUAUUCAAUGCUAUAUCCUAUGAAGAAGUUGCUUAUCCAUCGAAUUUAACUACAGAUGCUGUAGAUAUUUUAUCUAAAUUUUUAGUCAAAUCACCAUCACGACGACUUGGUUGUGUACAAAUGGAUGGUGGAGAGUUGGCUAUUCAACGACAUCCAUUUUUUAAAGAAAUUGAUUGGCAAAUAUUAGAAGAACGUCGUGUACGACCACCAUUUCGUCCAAAAGUUCGUUCUAGAAUAGAUACAAGUAAUUUUGAUAAG